CCUGAUUAUCGGUGGAAUCAAGACAGAUAUUUUGUAUUAUCAACCAGAGCAGGUACACAUAUCCUACGGAAGCAACCUUUACGAAAUUGCGGUGACAUGGAGUACUUUCUCCGCUACAAAUGGCUCAAUUGUCGAAUAUGGCAUCAGGGGCAUGAUCCUGAGGGCAGAGGGAUCUGAGAGAUUGUUUGUUGAUGGAGGUGCUAACAAACAUUUCCAGUACAUACAUAGAGUUAUUUUGAAGGAUUUGCAACCAGGAAGUAGAUAUGGUAAGCCUCUGUAAAUAUUCUAGAAUUUAAUUCCAGAAUGUUGAUGUCUACUAAGUUGGGAAGCAGACAUACAAGGUUUUGGUGAGCAAAAGUGAAACCUUGAUUUUAUGGUCACCCACAUUUGAACUGGAACAUAGUUAACAAUGUGAACAGAUUCUUUUUCAUAAAUUGGUUUUAUGCAGGUUAAAUCUGAAGAGUUCCUAAUUUUAGCAAGAUCAAAUCUAAUAAAUGGCUAUAUUGCUAAAAACAAUAAUACAUCUGAUGUACAAAGAAAUUAAAACUGAAAAUAAACACUUGACUAAUCAUUGUAUGAUGUAGUGGUACGUAUAUUUAUCAAGAGAUAGACAAAUAUAGCCUACAAACAUAAGUGGCUAAUUAUUUACAAUAUAUUUAAAGAUCCAUAGAAUGACAUGGUUUUUACCUGAAUGUUUACACAUAGUAUUACAAUAAAAAAAUGAUUCCUCUUGAUACAAUAUUUUAUUGAUAUGACUUCCAGAGUACCAUUGUGGUAGCACCUUGGGCUGGUCAGAUAUAUUUUUUUUCAAUACUCCACCUGAUUCAGAUGCCUGGGUGCCUCACAUAGCACUAUUUGGUGAUAUGGGCAAUGAAAAUGCCCAAUCUUUGGUGAGAUUGCAAGAAGAGGCACAGAGGGGCAUGUACGACACUAUCCUGCAUGUUGGAGACUUUGCUUAUGACAUGGAUUCGGAAAAUGCUGAGGUGGGUGAUGAAUUCAUGAGACAAAUUCAGUCCAUAGCAGCUUAUGUACCUUAUAUGACAUGUCCUGGUAACCAUGAAGAGGCAUAUAAUUUCAGUAACUACAGAGAGCGAUUCAGUAUGCCAGGAGGCAUAGAAUCAUACAUGUACAGCUUCAACAUCGGCCCAAUGCAUAUCAUAUCAAUCUCAACAGAACUCUACUAUUUUAUGAACUAUGGUCUGAAGCCAUUAGUGUUCCAAUACCAGUGGCUUGAAGAUGAUCUGGCCACAGCAAAUCUGCCUCAAAAUCGAGCCAAGCAACCGUGGAUCAUUGUGAUGGGCCACAGACCCAUGUACUGCUCAAAUCUCAAUUCUGACGAUUGUACACACCAUGAAACCUUGACAAGAGUUGGACUGCCUUUUCUACAUUUCUUUGGGUUGGAGGAGUUGCUCUACAAUUAUGGUGUGGAUCUGGAAAUUUGGGCUCACGAACAUUCUUACGAACGAUUAUGGCCCAUCUACAACUACACAGUAUAUAAUGGCAGUUACGAAGACCCUUACGUGAAUCCCCGGGCGCCUGUACAUCUGGUCACAGGGUCUGCAGGUUGCAAAGAGGGCAGAGAAAAUUUCACUGUCGCUAGGCCGCCUUGGUCAGCCCUGAUCAGUAGGGACUAUGGAUACACUAGGCUGAAGGGGUAUAACGCCACGCAUUUGCAUCUGGAACAGGUUUCGGAUGACAAGCAAGGCGCAAUAAUAGAUCAGUUCUGGAUAAUCAAAGACCACCAUGACCCGUAUCCUCACGCUAAGGUAGACUGGGCCAAGAUGGACGAGGUCAGGCUGAAGCACCUGAAUAAUAGUUAAAUAACUCUUGCCAUAAGUACUGCCGUGAAUCACAGAGUUAGUUAAAAUGAAUUUAUAAUUGUUUCCUUAGGAGUGUUUUAAAAACGUAAAAAAUCAGGUAGAAUUUACCUCAACUCCAUUUUAACAACCUUAUUUUAGUAUAAUUUAAAAAAAAUCGUCAUCACAAAUUAUGAAACAAGCAUUUACAGUAGAAAUGUAUGUAAUGAACAAGCAAAAUCAGUAUUUAUGUUAGUUCCUCACACACUGGCUAUAUAAUGAAUAUAUAUUUUAAUUUUAUUAACUGAUAACAUUGUGUAAGUUUUUUAGGUUAUCAAAUGUGAUAUUGUACCAAAUAAAACAUUUUAUUUAUGGACGAAA